AUCAUCACACAAGCGGGCUUUUUUGCUGACUUUGAAUUGGAAUCAAAACAGAUGUGACUUACAAUUUCCGGAGUUUGCAGCCUAAAAAGCUAAAGCCUAUAGUUAAUUAGUAGCCGGCAUAAUCGAGUGGCCUUAUAAAUUGAAGAUUUCGUGGAGUUUUCUAGUUAUUGAAAAGAGAGCAUCCCAGCUUAUUUGGCAGUGUCGGUUGUGUAUAGAUGACAACAACUUUUGUGAAGGAAUUGAGGCACCCCAAGGGUACUAGGCUGAUUUCAGCAUUAUUGACAAGAGGGCCAUCUUUGAAUUAUGUCAUCUAACUCAUGCUCUGGGAAAAAAAAUUCAGAGGAAGCAGCCUCUGAUAUGUAGGAAACACUUCCCCUUAAUGUGUCAUCAUCGGAACAAGUGAGAUACUUGAAUUAUGGCUUCUACUUCAAGCUGUGAGGAAAUUGCUUCAGAUCAAGCAGGUGACCUAUCUUCUUUGAUAUUGAAAGGAAAAGUGGAUGAGGAUGUUUUGAAGGAUUAUGCAAAACAUGGUCAAAUUGAUUCGCCAGACAAAGAGGGUAAAACCCCACUGAUGAUAGCAUGCUUGCAUGGUCUUACAGAUACUGUAAAGUCCUUAUUAGCUCAUGGGGCUGACCCAAACUCCAAAAAUGUUAAAGAUGGCAAUACCCCAUUGCAUUAUGCAUGCAUGGUGGUUGAACCUUUAGAAGAGGAUUCUCUAUCUGGAAGUUAUUACAGUCCAUCAAAGUGGAUGACAGCCAAGCUUGCAAUCACAGUGCUGCUUGUAAGUCAUGAAGCAGAAACUGUUCAGGACAAUCAGGAUGGCUGGAUCCCCGUUUAUGUUGCUACAUUAUAUCAACUGAUAGAUGUUGUUGACUUCCUCUUAUCAAAGGAUGUAGCUUUAGAGGUGAAAAUCAAAGCUACUGAAAUACUUGGAGUUUCACAGACGACUUUAAAUGAUCAUGCACGAGAAGGAUUCCACUCAUUCUUGCAAGCUCUAUCUUUUCGCCAAGAGGCAAGAGGUCUUCUAGAAACCUCAUCAGAUAUCUCAGAAUUGGAAACAUGCUUCUCCAAAGUCUCCCUGAAAGAGUUUCACUCCCAAGAAGAAAUGAAAUCAGUAGAGGGAUCAGAAUUUGCUAUUACCGGCCAUGCCUUUCUGCUCGGAGAGAGGCUAUUCCCUGAUCAUCUGAAACGUAAAUAUCUCUACUCAUCUCUUGCUAGAUUUGCAAGUGACUUGAUGACAGGUGUUGAAAAAAUGUGUAAUGAAGGGUUUGAGAUAUUGUCUUACAUUGUAGGGUUAGAGCAAAGGAGUGAAUUGAAGUUUGGGUCAGUAGCAUUCUACCUGGCUGAAAACAGUCAUUCAAUCGUGUUAGAGGAUGAAGAAGCGACUCUGGAAUUUAGGCAGUGUGUAAGGCAAUUGUUGCAUUCAUAUGAAUCUAUCCUUCAUGGUGUACCAGUAGACACUCUGGUAGACGAUAGUAAAACCUUCAUUGAAAGCUUUGGUGAAAUACUGUUUAAUGAUGCAUUCUAUUGCUCAGACGUUGAAUUCUUGAAAUCCUUACUGCAAGUUGUAGAGAAUUCUUUGAGAGUCAUUCAUGAUAGAAUCCUGAAGGAAGACCCAGAUAAGUACCCCAAAGUGCCUUCAGUGUCCUUCAAGAUCAUGGAACUUCUUGCAGAAGCAUACGUUGACAACGUGUAUUGCGGAAUGGGUUCAAGAAGCCUUGUGAGAGUAAAGUUUGUAAUAUUCAAGCUUUUAUUCUUUGAUAAUGCUUCCUAUAAAGACACCAGUGGGUGUACUGUGCUCCACCUAGUUGCAUACUGUGUCCAAACUGCCAGAGACCUGGACGAUCUGAUGGAGCUUGCCAGGGUAUUUAUACGACAUGGAUGUCUAGUUGAUGCGGUGAAUAACAAAGGCGAAACUCUCCGUAGUAUCUUGGAAGAGUAUGAAAUGAACGAUUAUGCAAUUGAUUCAGAGUUUAUGGAGUUAGUGAGCACUCCAAGGACAGUACUUCGCCUGGAAGAGCUGGCCAUCAGAACUGUCUUAUGGCAUCACAUCAAUUUUAGGGACAAAAUUCCUCCAAGUUUAUGUGAGAUGAUUGAAGAAGGAGUCAAGGAUUCUGAUCUAGAAAGGUGUAGUGAUGACUCGGAGAAGGGAAGUGAGGAUGAUAGCAUGGCUGAGAGCAAGGAUAGAGAGGAUGAAAGUGAAAACGACGACGAAGGAGACGAUGAGGAUGAGAGGGACGUUGACGAUGAGGAUGAGAGGGAUGUUGACGAUGAGGAUGAGAGGGAUGUUGACGAUAAGGAUGAGAGGGAUGUUGACGAUGAGGAUGAGAGGGAUGUUGACGAUGAGGAUGAGAGGGAUGUUGACGAUAAGGAUGAGAGGUAUGUUGACGAUGAGGACGAGAGGUAUGUUGACGAUGAGGAUGAGAGGGAUGUUGACGAUAAGGAUGAGAGGUAUGUUGACGAUGAGGAUGAGAGGUAUGUUGACGAUGAGGAUGAGAGGGAUGUUGACGAUAAGGAUGAGAGGUAUGUUGACGAUGAGGAUGAGAGGUAUGUUGACGAUGAGGAUGAGAGGUAUGUUGACGAUGAGGAUGAGAGGUAUGUUGACGAUGAGGAUGAGAGGGACGUUGAUGAUGAAGAUGAGAGUGAUGAUGAUGAUAGUGAGGAUAAUUGAUUUUUCUCUUUGCCAAACAUGAAUGAAUACAAGGAGCCUGUUGCAUAAAACUUUUGCCAUAAAAACUGGCAAAUAAACAAGUCUAACAAAAAAAAUGCCAGCUUUUCUGUUAUUCAUCAGGCCCAAAGACUUUCUUUGGCUAUUGUAGGGUAAAUUCGACCUUUAAGACCACUGAAGUUUCUUGAAGAAAAGUCAAUGAUCCACAAGGGGGCUUGAGUUGUGUAGGUUAUGUUCCUUGGAAGGUUGUUGAUGUAGCAAAAGAACCAUAAAGAGCUGGGUAAAAUACCUUUGGGUGUUACAGGCGAUAUCGGAUAUCAAGGCUUGCCGUUGAUGAUCGUGUGCUGGAUCACGUUGUAUGGCCAAAACCCAGAUAAUCUGUCAGCUUUUUAGAUUAUUAAUAAUGGUCCCAGGACAGUGUGAAUGCUUGAGAAGUAUUAUUAUUAUAUGUGACUCUUUUUCAAUCUAAAAAUUCGAGGUUUUGUUGAUGAUAAUGGCACUAAGAAGAUAUGCAAGAAACGUCUGACAGAGCUGCCAAUCCCUUUUUUCUGCAAUUUUUGCUACCAAAUUAAGGCAUUGCAUGUUUAUUCUUUAUAAAAUACAAAUUCUUAUUUCAGUGGAAGCGCCGUGAUGUAGUGGUUCUGACUCUCGCCUUGUAAUCAGAGGGUCGUGUGUUCGAAUCCCACCAUGGUCUACCAUCUUUUGGCAAGGCAUCAAUCCACACUUUGCCACUCUCACCCAGGUGCUAAGUGGGUACCGGUAGGAAACAACCGUCAUUUUGUUUGGUUUGGCAAGUUUUUGCCUGCUGCUUGAAAUGCUAUGAAUCCAGUGACCGGGUAAUAAUAAUUGUGAAGCGCUUUGAACAUUUGCAGAUUGAUAAAGUGCUAUAUAAAUGCCAAAAUUAUUAUUUUCUUUAGAGAGAUUUUUUUUACAUUUUAUGAAGACAAAUCGUUUCCAGAUGUCUCUAUUUCACAAGAAUAGUUGAUUGGAUGAAUUGUGUUUCAUCAAGGUCAAAUGUCAUUUAGGGGUCAAUGUUUAAAUAUAAAGUUUUAGGAAUCACUGAAUACAGUUUGCUAAUUCCAGAGGCUGACAAGAAUAUGUCAACAUGACUCUUGAAACUUAAGGGUUGUGUUGACAAAUGCCCUUUUUUCGUUUGAAAUGGCAUCUCCUUUUUGGGCCAUUAUGAUUCCUUUUUUUAUUUGAGGAGGCGGUGCACAAUGUCGACAGCUUUGCUGUAGACUACCGCUAUUAUGGAUUUUCUAUUUUCUAUUUAUCUUUAUUUCAUUUGGAUUAAAUUGAUAUAGGCCUGUCAUAUGUUUUGAAACAUGAUAAACAUAAUAUGAAGCAUGAGACGCUUACGAUGCAUUUACCCAGAGAGCUCUGGCCCGCUUGAUGCAUAUUUCAUGGUAGCAUAAACAAUCACUAAAUCAUGUACAAAUAUAUUGUGUUGAGUUUCAAUUGUCACAUGACACUAGAUUGAUCGUGACCAAAAAUGUUUCUUUUAAUGUCAAUAACUCAUUACAACUUAAGAUUUGUGAGAACUGUUUUUAUUUUUGUUCUUUGUGUAUGCUUUAUACCGUGUGCUUACUCAACUCUUAAUUCUUGGUUAUGUACUAGUAACAAGUGCGUGUAUGUGUACUUGUAUUCGCUUUGUAAAUGGCGUAGAUGUAAUCAUUUGUUUAUUAGUUUGAAAUAGACAUGAGACGAAUACCAAAUUAUACAGAUGAAACAUCAAAUGAUUUGUUUUAAUAUGCCACUUAUAUUUACUGUAAAGCUAUACUGGAGAAAAGGAUAUCCAAUCAAAUACCAUGUAUUUCAUAUGCAACAAAGAAGACUUGACAUUUCAAAAGGGAUUCGUAUAUUGUUGAAAGCAAUAAUGUUGAUGCACAGUACGUAGCAUUGAAAAUAAAGAAUUGUCUGGAAAUUAA